GGAAUUAUUCACACGCAGACGUUCCCAACGAUCGGACCAAAAAUUAAAUCGAGAAAUAAUCAACCAAGUGGUGACACACAAUACUUCUGAAAUCUCAAAACAUACUUAGUGGCUUUGGUGGAAUUCAGUGAAAACACACUUUCGGUCAGAAAGCAAAGAUCGAAACGGAUUUGUUUUGUUUAAUAAAUAAUUGCUUGUCACUCCGAGGAGAUCAAGUUCAAAUGGUGAAAUAAAAACAAUGAUUAUUCUGUGCAAAUGAUUUGCAAAAACAAUUAAAAAGGAAAAAUAAAUAUUCAAGGACGUUCGCAAGGCAUCCCAGGAAAGCAGUUUAAAUUUUUAACGGAUUAUAAUUCAGUUAGUCAAGACCAAAGGAAAUCUCAAAGGUGCUCAUCAUGCAUCCAAGCGUAUAAGGCGCCUGCAAUAAUCCAACAAAUUCUAAAAUCAGUUUUCAAAAAGGGCUUGAAUCAGGCUCUACAACGGCAACUAAAAGUGAAAUUCGCUGCAAUUCUAUGAGUUUUGUAAAUCGAAAAGCCACUACAAUCGAUUUUUUAAUGCUGCCAAAGAGAUAGCAAUCAGCCCCAGCAGAAAAGUUUGAGUGAAAGAAUAACAAGUGAAUAUAAAUUGGUUAAAUCAAUCAAUUGAAAGAGCACGUAACGCAGUUCAAACACAAAGAUGGCCAAAUAUUUUAUUAUCCUGGUUCUGCUGGCGUGUCUGGCUUUGGAGAACAAUAACAUAUACAACCGUCUGCACGCCCGUUCGCAUCCCAGCUCCAGAGGCGAUAUUUUGCGCCCGAAUCCCAAACACCAGCCCCAUCCUCACGUCCAGCACACGUCGCAGCAGCUGCAGCAGGAGCACCACAUCCGGCAGCAGCGUUCCCGCCAGAUCAAGCACCUGGAACCGGAUCCGACCAGCGAGGAGGAUGAAGCGCCGAUUACCAAGCAGGAGUAUUAUGCCCGCCUCAGGCUCCAUGCCAUCCACAAGCGGGAGCACCAGCUAAAACAGGAGCUGAGCUACAACCAUCCCGGCGAGCAGCUGAAGGUUCCCCGCCUCUGGCAGCAUCUCAUGGAGGAGGAGGAGAAGUCCCACCGCCAACAGAAUCCCGUGGAGAGCGAGGACUAUCCGCGCAUGUUCGGUGAUGCCCCAGAGGAUUCGUACCUUCCGUCCGAGGAGCAGCUCGAUCUCUCUCCGCUGGACUUUGUCCGCAACGAACUGAUGGCGGAGGAGAAUAAGCGGGAUGAAGAUCAGGUACAGGAACAGGAUGAUGAUCCUGUGGCACCUCCCUUGGUUCCCGAAGCUGAGCUGGAGAAGAAUAUUACCAUAUCGGUAAAGUCCAGCGGCGGCGGUUGUCCCAAAUGCGAAAGCAAUCGCCAGGUGGAGCACAUCACCGAGGAGCAGUUGACACACCUGCGCAUCGAGUUCGUCAAGCAGCAGAUCCUGGAGAAGCUCCGGCUCAAGGAGAGCCCCAACGUAUCUGCCGUAGAGCUGCCGAAGCCAAUCUUUGACGGCGUGAGCCUGUCCCAUCCGGACGACAGCUCCAAGAACAAAGAGCUGGAUGAUUACUAUGCGAGAACCAGCAAGAAGUUUAUACUGCUUAAAAGAGAGGAGGUCGAGUGCAAUCGCUUGAGUGGAAAACCCUCAAUGUGCUUCAGCUUCAAGAUCGAUGAUGCCGAGGGCUUUGAUGUCAGCACCGCCGUCCUGUGGCUGUUCAAGAACAAGCAGAAUCGCACCACAACCAUCCAGAAUGGAUCCUCCUCGCUGAACAGCACCAGUUCGAGGCAGACGAUUGUCGUCUCCGAGGUGGAGGUGGAGCAGAAGAAGGACAAAAAGUAUUUGCCGGUGGCCAAGACCAUAGCUCUGCAGUCGGUGAAUGAGCAAGAUGAAUGGAUGAAAAUCGAUAUCGAAUGGCCUAUUAAACGCUGGAUCGGCGAUCACGAUCUGAGCCAUCUCAUUCAAAUCACCUGCACGGGCUGCGAGGUCGGCGACAUGGAGGAGAUCAUUUCGGUGGACAAGGACUACCGGCCGUUCAUCAUGAUCGAUAUGCAGAACAGGCGGAGGAAGAGCCGCCAGAAGCGUAGCGUCAACUGCUCCAGCGGCAUGACCGAGUGCUGCCGGGAACACUUGUACAUUUCCUUCAAGGACAUUGGCUGGAGCAAUUGGAUCCUGAAACCGGAGGGUUACAAUGCGUACUUCUGCCGUGGAUCCUGCAGCUCGGUGGCGAGUGUGACGCAAGCGGCUUCCCACCACAGCUCUUUGAUGAAAAUUCUCUCCACAAGCGGUGCUAACAAAUCGCUGGAGCUGGUGCCCUGCUGCACUGCCAAACAGUAUUCCUCGCUGCAGCUGGUCGUGAUGGACUCGAGCAGCUCGGCCACGGUGAAGACCCUGCCCAACAUGGUCGUGGAGUCCUGCGGCUGCAGAUAGUCCGUGCUAGGGCUAGGAGUGCAACCAACCAAGAUACACACAUAUCGGACAAAUUAGACAUAGCUCUCGUUCCAUUUCAGUUAACGUUCAACUCCACAUCUCUUCAAUUAAUUUAAACUCAUUUGCAAAGCAUUUACAUUAGCGUUAUUAUUUAAAGCCUAAUUAACUGUAGUGCAUGUGCUGCCAUUAGUUGUAGUCGCUGUUAAGCUAAAGCUGAAUCAAAAGCUAAAGUCAAUGUACUUAAGCACUCGAAGUAUGUAGGUAGUUAGCAAUUAGCUCCAAUUAAUUUAAUAGCGUUUGUAAGUGCUAAUUUUAAUUAUUUUAUGUAACUAGUAUCGUUAUUUAAGUAGCGUCCAUUGAGUCUUUGAUAAGCAAAUGCGAAAAAUAGAAAAAUAAAACAUGAUUGAA